GAAAUUAGAAUCCCAAAAAGACACUUGCUAACUUCUUCUGACGAUUAUCGUCCACAACAAAAAAAGCUUAAAUCUUCAGGAAAUGUUAAAAAUGAAUUGCAAGAAUCUGAAGACACAUCUCCAACAAAUUAAAAAAGAAAGAGAUGAAAAUAGUAUAAACUCGGAAGCCCAGAAUGAGAGUUCUAAAUCGAACUUAUUUGUUAACUCUAAAUCACCAGUACCAGCGACUCACCGCUCAAAAUCGAUUUUGCAAACUCAUGAUUGCACGUCCAAGAAUUUAGCUGUUUCUACACACAAUUCUUUGAAUAGAAAUUCAAACAUAGAAAAGAAGCAAAAUUGUAAUCCUGUUGUUUUACCACAGAAAGGAGAAGAAGCUCAAAUUGCUGUUGACAGUCUCUAUAUGGAACAAGUAAAUCCAAUAAUUACAGACAGUGGAAGAGAUGCGCUAGUAACUCAUUCCGAAAAGCCACGUAAUGAUAUUGAGAUUAAUUCCCAGGAAGUCUUUGAUGUAUUCCAAUCUUCAGAAGAUAAGAGUUUACAUGAAAAAUUAGAUUCGAACCUGGGUGAUUCUCUCAAAAAGAACAAAUUAUUUGUGCACUGUUUCAGGCGGCGUUUUGGUUAUAAAAUAUAG